GCCAUACUGACUAAUUUAAAUUCUACAAUUCCAACUCGGUUAAAUGGAUCUACCUUUUGUCGUCCGAUAAAGCUUGAACACGGAGAUUUAAUUACCAUAAUUGAUCGGUCAUUUCGAUUUGAAUAUGAAUAUGGCUUUCAAAAUGAAAGAAAGCCAAGAAGGACUUCAGAAACAAAAAACAAAGAGGUGAUAGCAACGCCAUCCCGAAGUACCUCAGUUUUGAGCCCUGAUGUAGACCAUGUGUCUUUUGGAAAUAUCCCUAUGAAACACACUGAAGAAAAUAUUGUAAGACCAAAUACAUCUAAAAAGCAUGCUGAUGCUGAUUUAGAUAAUGUGAAAGACCUUCUCACAGGGAUAAUGCUAACUUUAGAAACCAAAGAACUGACGGAAGGUGCCACAGACAUCACUGAAAACACUGUCUCCAACCAUGUAGCAGCUGAAGGUAGUGGAGGAGAUCUGAGUCUUUUUUCGACUCCCAAACAUCCAGGGAUGAAUGAAGACAUUUUCUCUCCUUUCAGUGAACUUUUUGGCCUGAGGAAAGAUGACUCAGACGCCCAGAGCCAACCAACAGCCGAUCUGCACGAUAGCCGUAGAAAACCAGGGCCCUCAAGUAGGGAUGAUGCAGAGUGCGAAGCAGAGUUUUUUCAUUCGCCCAACUCCAGCACCGUAAGGUGUGUCACUGUCUCCAAUGGGUCCAACGAUAACAGUAGUGAUGGCGAAAAAGAACCCAAAGACCCCUUCUGUAACAACCCUUUGUUACAGUUGGAUGAAAACUUCCUUGAUAAAGAAGACCAGCAAUCACAGCAACUGAGCAUGCCCUCAAAAUGGAGGAAGAGCGAAGAGCAACCCGCUGAGAAUUCAGGGAAAUAUAGUGAGGGCCGCGGGAAAGAGGACAAGAGGAGGAGGUCAGCCCCUCGGGGGCCCCUGGGAGAUGCCCAAAGUCAAUCCUCUCUUCACACACUCCGGUCCCAAACCAAGAGGCCCGACAUGUGCUUCUUGGGGAGUGGUGGCCAUGGCCUACUGCCCAAACUCAAGAGAGGGGGUUCACCUAUUGAGAUUCGCACAGGCGAAUCUGUAGAUUUGGCUGAAAAUAAAGGAAUCCCAAAGGGAAAGAAGAACAGUGGCGGUAACCAACUUAGGAAUCCAAAGAAAGCUUCAAAUUCAGAACAGAUGUUAAAAGAAACUGAAGAUGAACCAUGUUUCAAGGGCUUGUCGGAAAUGAAAGUAUCUACCACAUAUAUUUCUCCCAGACCUAGUAACUCCUCUACAGAUUCCACAAAGAACUCGUCAACGUUUCUUCCAAAAUUAACUCCCCAAGAUGAUGAUGAAACCCCUAACAAAUCGUUAGAUGAGGAUGAAGUUGAUGAGAGACCUCAUUGUGUAUCACCUGAUAUCAGUGACUUUGAUAUCAGUGAUUUUGACUCCUCUUCUGAUUCAAGUACUGAUAAACUGGAUAAUGUUACUGAGAAUAAUGAAUCAUGUGCGAAAAGGAGGAGAGUUUCAUUUGGAGCCCUUCUGAGACCUGAAUUAUUUGAUGAAAAUUUACCUCCCAAUACACCUCUUAAAAAAGGAGAAAGCCCAGAGACGAGAAAAACAUCAUCUGGAACCUAUGUCCCAAGAAAGUCAAUAAUGAAGCAGACGCAUUCUAAACCACCAGAAAAAGAGCCUUCCGACAGUCUAGUGGAAGGGAUACUACAUACAAAAGACCCAUCACAAGAACUUCCAGCCACUUUUAGUAUUAAGAAGAAGUCUGCACGGGGCAGGGAUAACAAUUCCCUUUCAAAAUUACUGGACGAGAGAGCAACAUCUAUUCCCGAAAUCCAGACCAUCCAGCCCCACAAGAUUGUGAGCACACCAUCACUCCCGAGGAGAUCCUCCUCUGGAAGAAGAAGCCAGUUUGAUACGCUGCAGACAAUUUACGCUAAGAGGAGAAGCGGUGCAUCCAAAGCCAAUAUCAUGGUUGUACACUCUUGGGCAGAUGUGGUGAGAUUAGGUACUAAAAAACCACAAGCACACGUUGUUAUAAAACAUGGUCUUGAGAGAAGAAUAAUAAAAAAGCAGAAAAGAUUAACCCCCAAGGUCAAGGAGAAGCCUGCAAACCACGCACAGAAUCACUUUAGCACAGGCCACGCAAAUUCUCCCUGCACCAUAGUGAUUGGGAGAGCUCAUACUGAAAAAGUGACUGUGCCUAUACGGCCCUGUAGGAUGCUGAACAACUUUGUAUUAAACCCUAAGAUGGAUAUGAAUGAGGAUUUAACAGGAUUAGCAGACAUGUUUGAAACCCCUAUCAAACAGAAAACUGCAAACGCGUCUCCUGAGAUUGGUACAACUUUACACAAGUCUUCUUCAGGAGAUGAAGACUCUUUAGAACAGAGAUCAGAUAAUUACUUUAGUGCAGAGAGAUUGAUACCUACUAUUUCCAACACAACAGAACAGCUAUAUGGCCAGAGCAUUACAUGCCGCCGUUCCCCAAGAAACCGGCAGCGACGGGUAGACAAUGAUGAAAUCGUUAAAACCCUAAAGGAGAUCUCUGAAAUUAGAAGUGAUGAAAUAACAAAGACUCCACUUCAAGAAGUCGAUGUAGACCCCAAAAUAUUAACACCGAGUUCGAAAAAGGUGAAAACCUGUACAUCAAAGGAAAAUGUAUCAACACCGUAUCUUGGCAGAAUUAAAACACCACCACUAGAUCAAAAAGUUAUAUCUAUGGAAGAAAAAUUUGAAAGUGGAAAUGUAAACAGGGCUACACCAAAAAUAUCUAGGAAAUUUGUGGAGCCAAGUAGGACAAGUAUGGCAGAACAUCAUCCAGUAAUAACAUCAGCUACAGCUACACAUAUAACAUCAAAUUCACGGGCCAACACUUUUAACAUCAAAGGAGCGACUGAAGUAGCCUACAAAGUGGAAAAAGAAAAAGAAAAUGCAAUAGAUAUAGACCUAAGGAAUCAAAAACCAAAAUUGUCAGGUCAGUUAGUCACAACUUCCUUAAAAAGAAAAUCAAAUAAAGAGCCACCUGUCACUGACCAGCCAACAAGAAUCAUAAAGCAAUCAAGAUCACAAAAUGAAGAGUACUCUCCAACAGGAGCCAAUAAAAUAAGUAUAAAGCCAGGUAUUGUGUCUCUAGAUUUUCAGGCUGCCCCAGGAACUGUAACACCAAAUUACAUCAAUGAGCCAGGAGGCAUGAAGAAAGUAAUAAGAACCCCAAAGGGAAAAAGAAAAACAGAAGACCUAAUUGUCAUCAGAGUGCCUAUGGCAACUCCAACAUCCAUGGUGGCAGAACUAAAAGAAGACGAAGAAAACAAAGUGGCAGAGUCUGCUGUGGAUGAUGCAAAUUCUGUUCAGGAAAAUCUUGGGACAGCCCCAAAGCAAGGUGAAGUCCAAAAGAAGCUGAUGAGGACAGUAGAGCAGCAAACUGAGGCAGAGGAUCUUCCCAAGCAGCUGAUGAAAACUCCUAAACGAAAAUGUGGCUCUGUCGAGCAUCUGACGACAGUGGUCAAGAGACUGAUGGGAACUCCUAAGGACAAGGUGGAAUCAGAGGAGGAGGAGGUGGGAGGCAAUGAAAGAAUGAUGAUGAGUUCUUCUAAGGAAAAAAGCAACCAAAAUAUGAACGUUAAGCAGCCUCUUCAGCAGAAAGGGCCGUCUAAAGAUCUGGUAGGCCUCAGAGAUCAACUUGUGCAUAUUCAAAAGAAAAAUGUACAACUUCCAGAAACCAUACAUGCCUCAAGGAGCUUAACGACUACUCCAAAACAAAUGCUAGAACCAAUCAAAGAUAGAAACAUCAACAAAUCCCUUCUAAUCAAACUAGACCAGAAACAUGGAUCAGUAGAAGAUCUGACCAUGACCAGGAGACUGAUAAGAACACCUAAGGAAAAGGAGGAACAUUUAAUAGAAGAUGUGGAAGUUGUCAAGAAGUCUGUUGAAACAUCAAAGCAAAAAUGCAAUCCAGAAUAUUCAGUGAGUAUUAAGAAGUUUAAUGAAAUCCCCAAGAUAGAACCAAUAGAAAAUACAGCAGGUGGCCUAGGGAAACUUAGAAGAAAACCGAAAGGAGUAGAAAAACUUACAGGUCUUAGGAAUAUGACAGUUCCUAAGGAAAAGUCAAAAGUAGUAGAAAACUUAACAGGUUUUAGAAGGCUUUCAAAAAUGUCAAAAGUAAAACCAGCAGAAGAUCAAACAGGCAUCAAACUGGUAGAGAGGACUCCUAAAGAAAAAGAGUCAGGAGACGAUCUAACUGGCAUGAGGCAAUUCAUGAGAUCUAAAAAAGUAAGAGAAGAGUCACUAGAAGAUCUAACAGACAUCAAAAUGAAGAUGUCCAGAAAAGCAGAAGUAGAAGAUCUAAUUGGCAUAAAAAAAUUAAUGAGAACCCCCAAAGUAAAGGGAGAGUCCUCAGAAGAGCCAACUGGUGUGAAGGGACUAACAAGGGUCUCUCCCAAAAAAGUAAAGGGGGAGUCACCGCAGGAGCUGCUGGGUAUAAAGAGAUCAAUGUCUCCCAAGAAAAUAAAGGCAGAGUUGACGGAAGACCUGACAGUCACUAAAAGACUGAGGACCCACAAGAAAAUAAAAGGAGAGUCAGAAGAUUUGACAGAUGUUACUGUGUUCAUGGAGACUCCAAAAAAAGUGGUAGAUAUAAGUAACCCACAAAAAUUGCAAGAAAUAGAGAUACUCAGAAGACCAGCAAUAAAAAAAUUCAAUGAUCAAGAAAAUAAGAUAACAGAAAACAUACUAGAGUCACCACAGGAAGUACAAAUUCAGACAGUUGGAGGUAUCAGUAAGUUACUGGAACCAUCAAGAGAGAAAGAAUUCAAAAGAGAUAUGUUUGAAUCAAAAAACCUUGAAGCAGAACCAAAAUCACAGGAACCCGAUUUUGAAAUCAACAAUACUGGAUUAGAAAACAUGGAUGAGUCACCACAAGAAAGCAAGGACCAAUCAGUGGACCAAUGCCAAAAAAAAAUCUGCACUAAUCCUUAUGAAGAAGAUGAAAAUAAAUCUAAUAUCUCUAAAAUUGAUGGGUUAUAUUCAGUGAACCUGGAAGAUAACAUUAUGAUGGAACGUGAUGAAUUGCUUACUGAAGCAAGAAGUAUGACCACAGAGAAAGAAGAAGAUGAAAUAAAUGAUUUUCUUCUCAACAAUGAGAGUCAAAUAUCCAUAUCAUUAAGAUCAAAAAGUAAAAACAAAGAUACAGAAUCACUUCAUGAAAAGAGUGUGAAGAGAAGUUUGUCACCCUCAGAAAAAGUAGAAGUGGAGGAACCUCUGAAGAGUGGGUCCAGAAUGUUUUGGGACACAGUGAACAAUACAGAGAACAGGGUACAUUUGAGACCUAGAAAAAGAAAUCAAGCAGCUGAUAAAAGAAAAAGAAGUUCAUCAGAUCUGUCAGAUAUAGAGAACGCUGAACAGAAGUCAGUGAAGAACUUAACAGAGACGUUUGAUAAUGCAGUUCCAGAUGCAGGGACAGGGAUAAUGUUAAGGUCUAGUAAUAAAAACAAAGACCCACCUAGUGAAUCAGAUGUGUCACAAACAGUUGAUGAAAAGAAACCUUGGUAAGAGACUGCCAAGGAAAGCCAAUGAGAAGCUAACUUCUUUAAAGAUACAAGGUUUUAAUCUGGCAAACAAAUUAACAAUAGAAAAGA